GAAAAAUAUCAAUUAUACCCAUAGAUCCAAGAAUAUCCACGCCCACCAAGCACGUGACAAACCCUCCGCUUACGUCACCCACCAUUCCAUCAACCCUCCCCAACCUCACAACACCCCCAUACACAGACAGCAGAACCCCCCAACCCCAACCCACCAUGGCGCUCCCACGCACCUCCCUCUCCACCUUCCUCACCCACGCCAAACAAACCCUGCGCACCGCCCUCCGCACCAACACGCCCGUAACCCUCGUCAUCGGCAACACAUCCGCGGACCUCGAUUCCAUGAGCAGCGCGAUUCUGUACGCGUACGUGCGCUCCGCGGCGCCGCCACGCACCGCGUUCACGCCGCUGUACAUCCCCGUGACGAAUAUGCGGGCCGCGGGGCUCGCGGCGCGGCCGGAGUUUCUGGCUGUGUUUAAAAGUGCGGGGGUUGAGGGUGGGCAGCUCAUUACGCUGGACGAUUUGCCCGCGCUGGAAGGCGUGGGAGAUGUGUUGGAGCCGCGCAAUACGGCGUGGGUGCUGGUGGAUCACAAUGUGCUGGUGGGGGAGCUGGGGCGGGUGUAUGGCGGGCGGGUGAGGGGGGUGAUUGACCACCAUGAGGAGGAAGGGGGGGUGCCGCGGGACACGGGCGAGGAGCCGCGGGUGGUGGAGAAGAGCGGGAGUUGUUCGAGUUUGGUGGUGGGGUAUGUGCGGGCUGCUUGGGAGGGGCUGGGGGGUGGUGAGGAGGCGGCGCGGUGGGAUGCGGAGGUUGCGCAGCUGGGGCUGGCGAGUGUGCUGAUUGAUACGGCGAAUCUGCAGGACGGGAGCAAGACGACUGAUCACGAUCGCAGGGCGGUGGAGUAUCUCGAGGGCAAGAUUAGAGCGUGUCCGCAGGUGGCGGCGGGGUACGAUCGCACGGCGUUUUACGAGGCUAUAGAUGCGGCGAAGCAGGAUAUUGGGUCACUCAGGCUGCGGGAUAUUCUGCAGAAGGACUACAAGGAGUGGGAGCAGAGCGACGGGCAGAAGCUCGGUAUCAGCUCUGUUGUCAAGCCCAUCCCGUUUCUGCUAGACAAAGCCGGCGAGGAGGCUGGCUCGGCCGCGUCCGACGCCUUCCUCGGGCAGCUACGGUCGUUUGCGGAGGAGCGUGGGCUCGACUUGUACAGCAUCAUGACGACGUCGACGUCGCCGACCGGGGCAUUCCAGCGCGAGCUCCUCCUGUGGGCCUUGAGCGAAAAAGCCGCGGCCUGGGCAGAGGCCUUUGCGGCGGCGUCGCGCGAGGAGCUCGGGCUCGAGGACUGGGACGGCGACGCGGACGUGGCACGCAGCUCGGGCAACGGGCGGUGGAGAAGAGUGUGGUGGCAGCGGCAAGUGCAACACAGUCGGAAACGUGUCGCUCCGUUGCUGAGGCAGGCGCACGACUGACUCAGCCAGACGGGCAGAAGUCACCUGUAGGGUGCGCGGCAGCGUUGGGCGUGUGGUCGGGUCGUCAGGCAGAGUGGCGGUCUCGUGACACCGUGUGCUGUAUCCAGCAGGCGCCGGGAUCAAGCCAGAACUCGUGUCCGGGUUGCUGGACUGGCGGUGUCGUCGCACGGAGACGCGAGUGGUGGAAAGCCAUCCUUGUCGGUCUGUCUUACAGCAUGAGAUAUCGCGGCGUAGCGCGCGCACAACGCAUGAUGGCAAUUCUCCUUGAGCGUGAUCGAGUGCAGCGCAGGGCCGCAGGCAGCGCAGGCAGUGCAGACAGCUCCAUACAUAGCUGCUGAACAGUCACCACGCUGAUCGCGCCC